AUGGUUACGAAAUCGAAGAGGGACUAUCAUCAUUACAGAGCUCAUGUUUGUUUCCUGUUUUCAAGUUCAGCACUGCAUCCUUAAAAACACCGCAGGUUUUGUUUUCGCCUCUUAUUCCUUUAUUAUCUCCUCCUUUUUCAACAAUUUAUACUGCAGUCGUACUCCUCGGGAUUCUUGGGAAGGGCAGGGUGACUUUUUCCUGUGUUUGUUUUGAAGUCGAAGUAUGGCGCCUACGUGCGCUAAGACAAUACAAGCCAAGGGUCAACGGGAAGCGCAUUGUGAUUACCUGAACAGCAGGUUGAAAUAGUCUGGAAACCGCACCUGUGAAAAGACUGCGUAAAUCGAGACAGGGAUCAGGUCCGUCAUGUGAGGAAGGGUAAUGUUUGAUUGAUCACGCGUCCAGCUAGCUUGUCUAGUCUGCUAGUGCGUCCUAUUAAUUGCCAGCCAGGCUGAGCGCUAGCGACGUCGGAGCUGCUGGACAAUUCGACCGAUUUGCAGCGCAAAAUGGCGGCCUCCCCGAAAGCUAAAAAGCAGAAGACUGGGGAAGGAGCAGUGUCAUCGUGGCCUAGGUUCUCAGAGAGACUUGAUGAAUCAAAGAUCGCAGAGAUGUUCAAGGAGAAGGGUUACAUUCGGGCUGACACAUUUAUCUCUGAAGAUGAGCUUAAAACCAUCAAAAAGGAACUGAAAAGAUACCAGAUCGACGUCGUUCCUGACUUGCCUCCAAAGAUGGCCUUCUAUGAGGAGAAAGGCAACAAAGAUACGAUCAUUCGCCUGGAGAGAAUGCUGGAUCACGAUGAAUUCUUCAAAGAUUUGGGGGAGUCGCCUGCAUUCAACGGGCUGGCCGACCUGCUCCUGAACGAGGAGUGUAUCCCCAACAAUGUGCAGUAUUUCUCCAAGCCACCAGGAGCCAAGUGCACUCCGCCACAUCAGGAUGGCAAAUAUUUCAUGCAUGACAGAGGUAUAACCUUUUGGCUUGCCCUGGACAACGUUGAUGUUGAAACUGGGUGUCUGUACUAUGUCCCUAAGUCGGAUAGGAAGGGGGAACUAGAGCACUGUAAAACAGAUGCCUUGGGCUUCAGCCAGGCCCUCGUGGAUUACCAAGACUGGAUGACGGAGACGGAGGAAGAGAUGCCAGCCACGAAAGGAACCCUCCUGGGCCACCAUCCUUACAUGGUUCACAGGGCGGGAGAAAAUAAGUCUGAAGAGCGCUGGCGACCAGCUCUGGGGCUGACGUACUGGGCCAAGAGUGCUGUCAACGAUAAAGAGCUGCAGAAGAAACACGCCGACUACCAUGCCAAGCUCAUGAGCGAACUCGCCGACAAAGGACGCAUUUAAGAACACACACAAUGGCCACGGGACAGCUUGUGACGUCAUCGCAACGGGUUGUCAAAGAAAUAAGCUCUCACUCUUCAGUCAUGUUCAGUCAGGAGUGGUUUAAGUUUCAGUGGGUCACAUGUGGUUGAGAAGCAAAUUUAUUAUUUUUUUUUCAGUUUCAAUGUACAGAUUCACAUGAAGUAAUUUGCAUGACACUCAAUUGUAGUGGACCAACUUUGUGAGGCAUUUUGUUAUCCAAAUCAUUCCUGGCUUUGCUCUGGCGUUCUUGGAAGGGGAACUUGUAAGCAGCAUGCAUCUUCAGUAGUUGUGGUAUUUUGCUGCCUUUGUACCUAUAGAUUGUGGAAGAGUAAAGCUGAUUCUAUGGGGCUUAACCCAUACAUACUGUACAAAGAAUCUGCCCAUGUUCUGCGACCGUUUGGCAUUCUGUUGGCACAUGCGAAGGGGUGCGCCAAAAAUGAGCCAGAUGAGUACUUCUUGAAGGUGCGUUGUUUCAGGAACCAAGCAGGUGCGCGAGUCGGUAUAUGGCUAGGCUGCACACACGUGCUGCUGUUCCGCUAUAGCCUCCAACAUGCUUCAGUUUGGGCAUGCGCUGUUGGGAUAUGUAUACCAACCUGGCUCUUGGCAAAGGUUAGGGAUGACCAAGCCUUUGCAGCGACCAACUCUGCUCCGAGCGAGAUGCGAUGGAGAGCAAUAGUGGUUAAGAAGCUUGCUCAGGAACACAAGUGCUUUGACCUUUGGUAGGAUAUUAACCUGCUCUCAUAAACUGCAUCACAAUGACAAAUACCAGUCAGUACUUAAUUUCUCUGUUACACAUUGAGGCACACAAGCGUUUAUUAGUUGUUUGAAUGUGCCCCCGUUCAAGAUGCAUGUACCAGUUAAACUUUCUGAAGUUCUUGACUAGCCUCAAGGCUGGAUCCGGAACUAAAUUGUCAGCGGGCAAAACAUGUUUUGGGAUGGCAAAACUUGGCUUUUUACACUUUUUUUGAAAUAGGAGAAACAUCACUUUUCAAUAUUUAAAAUUUACAAAAAUGGCCCUUGGUUGAGGAACGCAUGGCCCCACCCGGAUCCACCCUUGAAUUGGCCGAUAGUUAUUCUUGUUUAGCAUUUGUACUCGUUAGAUAUUUCAUGCCCUCUUUGUCCACGGUUCAGUCAUUUGACAUAAGUAAACUUAGCUGGGGCAUGUUUUGUCUAUUACUUGCCGUAAUCUCCCCUUCUGAGUCUCUUAUCAGACAUAUUCUACCUCUUGGUGGCAGUAGACAAACACACCUCAGCUGUGUGUUGAAAUGCUUUGUCAUUGAAUGGGUCUCGUAAAGACCUUGCUACCAGUCUUAUUUCAACUCGUGAUACAUGCUGUUGGAGAAAUUCGCAGUAGAGAGUUUGCGCGGCUACCAUCUUGCAAGGCGGUUCUUUUGUUCCACGGGGAAACCUCCUUUGUGCAUACCGCAUGAAACAGAAGCAGUGGCCUGCAAGAUGACAGCCAUGCAAACCCUCUAUAGCGAUGCCAGAGAGCCUACAUGCAGUAGCCACCUUUAUGGUUGACGUCUUGCACAUCCGUACUUCAUCAUUAAUGUGCUGUAUUGCACAAGCACAUGCGCAUUUGGAGUGUUAAAAAUGAACAGAACUAUACAGCUAACUUCCAACUUGUUAAGUGUCUCGAAAAAAGAUAAACCGCUGACUGGAUUUUGCCAAAGGAAUACCGUUUAGGUGAUCAUUUCUUACAGCGAGCUUCGAAGGGGGGGGGGUUUGAUUCCGUAGUACCUCAAUUUUCUCCAUUUUGCGGAAUCAAGUCUUUCCUGCAAGGCAGGGGCUGCAUCUGCGUGUCGAGGCUACAGCUGACAAAAGUAUGGGGGCCGAUGAAAACCAUUCACUAGCGACGAUAGGCCACUUCCAAUGGGCGGGGUUUGACUCCCAUCCGCAGCCAGCUAAUGUGGACCCAAGGGCGAGGUUUUGUGCACGGUGUACAAUCUAUUUACGUAUGACCAUCCUCUACAAUUGGUGUAAAUAUGUUAACCAUGGUUAAGGUUAAAAGUGGUCAGUUCCAUAUACAGUUGGAUUUAAUUAUUUGAAAUCGGGAAAUGUGAAUAUUAUGGGAAUUUUAUUUUUAAUGGUGCCAAAUUGGAAAUAUGGAGACUUUUAUCUUUUACGACUGGAAUGGUUUUUCAUCAGAAAAACAGGGAAUCUAUAUACGUGGGUCUAUAAUACUUGUAUGUGAGUUUUGAUAAGUUCUACCUGUAGAUUUAUGUAUUUUAUUUUUUCUUAAAAACAGUUAUGGCAAAGUUAUGACUUAUCAGAAACUUAGUUUCUCAUAUUUUACAAGUUAAAUGUAUCAAAUAUUACUGCACUCAAACUUUGUUUUUACAGACUUGGCUUCAUUAGCGUUUCACAAUUUGUUGACUUCGUAUUAAAUCUAAAAUAUAUUGCGUAUUAACA